GCGGGCCUCGAUCUGGCAGGGGCGCGCGCCGCGACCGCGGAGGCGUCGCGACCAGGCCCGCCCCGCGACGCGAUGGGCCUAGACUGGGAGAAGAUCAUGGAGCAAAAGCGCCAAGAUGAUCCAGAGCUCGACGCGACUCUCGAGUUCGAGGCCACGUCGGCCACGGACGAGGAGAACUCCUACGACGGCCGCCUCUCGCUGCCGGAGCUCGCGCGCCGCUGGGUGCGCGUCGUGGUCAGGGACUGCCCCCGCCUUCCGCAAUCGAUGGGGGGGUCGGACAACCGGCGCGUCGAGAACGCCCUGUGCACGGCGCGCAUGGCGCGCAUCCGGUGCCGGCCGUUCUCUGCUGAGGAGAAGAUCGAGAGGGCCAACCAGAAG